GGAAGGACACCACUCUAUUCCGCAUCGAAGGAGGGCCAUAUCGAUGUAGUCAAGCUGCUUCUAGAGAAAGAGGCCGACGUCACGGUUGCAGACAACGACGGAUGGACACCAAUUUAUUCCGCAUCGAACAACGGCCAUGUCGAUGUGGUCAAGCUGCUUCUAGAGAAAGAGGCCGACGUCACGGUUGCGAACAACAACGGAAGGACACCACUCUAUUCCGCAUCGAAGGAGGGCCAUAUCGAUGUAGUCAAGCUGCUUCUA